AUAUGAAAUUUUUAUAUAAAAAUGUAUAUCAUCCUAUCUGCAUUAAAGUUUUGCAGAAUUACCUGCAAAUGAAAAAGAACAAUGUUAAUGAGAAAAGAUGAGAGAACCACAUUGUUCUUUAUACACAAAGCUGUAGUGUGUCUUGGUGUGACAGUAAAACUGUAUUUUUCUAUAUCCUUCUCUUAAGUGAAUCCCAGAGUCAGACUCAUGAGGAAGACACUCACCUACUCUCAAGGGCUUCAGAUCAGCUGUCUGGCCACUGGUUUUUACCCCCGUCACAUUAACCUGACCCUGUUCAGAGAUGGUCAGCCUGUGGAUGAUGAUCAUAUCACAGGAGGAGAGAUUCUGCCCAACGGAGACGGAACGUACCAGAUGAGGAAGAGUUUGGUGAUCAGUGAAGAAGAGUUACGCCAGGAACAUAAAUACAACUGCACAAUGAAGCACCUCAGUCUGGACAACAAACUGGACUUUACAUUUGUUUCAGAUGUGGCUGAAUAUGAGCCAGGAUCAUCUACGGCACAGUCUGUAGUUUUCAGUGUGCUGGUGUUCAUGUGUUUGGCUGUUCUCAUCAUCCUGCUCUCAUCAUAUGGAAGAAGAUACAAACUGCUGGACGAGGAUCUGAGACAUCACAGACCUAAUGAAAAGUGA